AUGUGGAGAGGCUGGCUGCCGGUAUGCGGUCCGCAAUGCUUCUUCAGCCUCUUCUCCGACGACCAGGGUCAAAGCCCACGGAGCGCCAAGCAGCGUUCCUAUGAGGGCGUCAAGGAAGAUAAAGGCUCCAAUGGCCAAAGGACGCUGCAGCGAGAAGUGCGAGUGCCAACUUGGGAAUUCGACAGCUGCCGCUUUUCUAUUCCAUUGCUGGCCUGUCUUGUGCUUUUUGCUUUGGUGAUGCUUAUUUUCAACCAGCUACACGGAGCAGAUGCGUCGGCACGACAUCCUCCUAUCGUCAUUCCGGACUGCAGCCAGAACUUCACAAGCGAGGCUCCCCACAUCAACGUCCGAGCAAUGGCAUACUGCUGCCAUCAUUUAGGCCUUCACUGCCAAGACCUGGAACUCCGAGCCGGUGCUGCGAAUGGGAUGGGCCCAGCACAUGCGAUAGACAUUGCCGAGAGAGGCCGAGACCGGCAACCAGGGCCAAAGAAUGCCCUGCAGGUCCCGAGGCCACUCACCGGCACACAUUCGACCCUCUUCGACUGCAAUGCCGGGCUGUCGAAUUGGCAGAGAGGCUGGUCAGACGACAAGAAGGAUUGGUGCUGCCUCCAUGAAAGCAGAGGUUGCACUUCCUUCGACUGCACGGGUUCGGUCCACAGCAUGCCAUCUGGCCAGCGGGAGUGGUGCUGCAAUCACUUCCAGAAAGGUUGCGCCCCUGAGGCUCUGAGGAGUCCACGGAGCAAGUGCAACGAACACUGCCACGGAACGGCUUCAACUUGCAGGCAGCACUUCCACUGGAUACUUCACAACAUCUUCUCAAACCAGGAGAACGCUUGCACUCUGGCCUAUAGCAAGGUGCAACUGGAGUGCGAUGCUUGCUGGCAGUGCUCCGUGGAGGAGAUGGGCUGCGAGGACGGCUCCGAUCGCUCCUUCGACUGCUCUGACGACCCCUAUGGAUGGAAGCAGCAGAAGCAAGAGUUUUGCUGCCAAGAGCAUGGAUUGGGCUGCCGUUCCGACGAUCUUCCGGAUCACGAUGCCGGUCUUGGCAAGACAUGGGCCCGGGCCAAGGUCGACAACCGCUGGAUAUGGGUGAAGCGUGCAGCGGACUACGAUUGCUUUGCUGCCUUGCAAAAUGCCGCUGCAGCUUGGUCUUCCGACAAGAAGGCCUACUGCUGCUGGUCCCAUGGCCUCGGCUGCUGA